AUGGAUCAAGAAAACGAGACCUUCUUCCCCAACAUUCGACGCUACCUCUCCCUCUCCCCCGCGCAGCAAAGAUCCGCCAAGAAGCCCAACCCCGUCUGCUCCAUCUGCCUCGCCAACCCGCUCAAAUGCUACCCGCUCAACAACCACGGGCCGAACGCCACCGUUGACAAGGAAGGUAACGACCUCGAGUGCAUGGCCAUCCUCUACUGCGGCCACGUGGUCGGCUACGACUGCUUGGAGGACUACAUGUCAACCUGCUACAACAACUUCUCGCGCUCGCAGGACGAGAAGGACCUGCCGCGCUGCCCCAGCUGUCGCGAGUCGCUGAUCAAAGAUUGCGAAAAGCCCUACUUCGCCAAUGACGAUGAUCAGCAGCCAUACUACUUCAUGAUCCCCUUUGUCAUUGCGCCCUCCGCGCCGCCCAUCCCCGGCGGCCCCCCCGAUGCACGCGAGAAUUACACUUAUGGCAAUCCCGUGCAGUUCAACAUUCUCGACCAGGGCCACAUGCACGCGAUCGCCUUCAGCUAUAACAAGUGGCAGGACAUCCCGCUCACCAAGGCGGAGGGCGGCCUGCUGCCCGCUAGCUGUCAGUGCUGCGAUCCGGCGCUGUACCGGCACGCUUACGCGGCGUACGAGGCGCAGCAGACGGCGCUGCUGGGCCUGAGGCCGAUGGUGAUGAAUAACACGCUGUAUGCGACAAAGGGCGCGCCGCGGCUCGUGCCGGGUCCGAGGCCGUCUGUGUUUGCGUCGCCCCCCAAUAGGCCGACUCACAACAUCUGGAAGCUGGGGUUUUGCGUGGUGGCGAGGGUGCCGAUGGAGGAUGGGACGGAGGAUUGGGCCCAGGUGCGCAUGCGCGUCGGGGAUAGGAUCAUGUAUCAGGCGGCUUUGAGCGAUGGGACCCCUGUGGAAAUCCCGCUGGAGCCGAGGUGUUUGGGUCCGCCGCAGUUUGGACCGAUGAGGUUUGGAAGACAUCCGAGGGUGUUGCAGGGAGCGAUGAGGGCAGGGCCAAACUAA